AGCAUCGCGCUGGACCGGCGGGUUGUGCUCAGCAGAGGGUCGCGACAGGACGGGACAGGCCGCUGGAUCAGAUCCAGCUUCACAUCCAGGACAAAUAUUUAAAAGCAUCGACUUCCAGUCAUGGCCAAACCGCUGUCAGACCAGGACAAGAGGAAGCAGAUCUCGGUUCGGGGGCUGGCCGGGGUGGAAAACGUCGCCGAUCUGAAGACCAACUUCAACAGGCAUCUCCAUUUCACCCUAGUGAAGGACCGGAAUGUGGCCACAAGACGGGACUACUACUUCGCCCUGGCCAACACGGUCCGGGACCACCUGGUGGGCCGCUGGAUCCGGACCCAGCAGCAUUACUACGAUAAAGACCCCAAACGUGUCUACUACCUGUCCCUGGAGUUCUACAUGGGUCGGACUCUGCAGAACACCAUGGUGAAUCUGGCCUUGGAGAACGCCUGUGAUGAAGCCACAUACCAGCUGGGUCUGGACAUGGAGGAGCUGCAGGACAUGGAGGAAGACGCCGGCUUGGGCAACGGAGGGCUGGGACGCCUAGCUGCCUGUUUCCUGGACUCCAUGGCCUCUCUGGGUCUGGCUGCGUACGGGUAUGGCAUCCGCUACGAGUUUGGCAUCUUCAAUCAGAAAAUUGUCAACGGUUGGCAGGUGGAGGAAGCUGAUGACUGGCUGCGUUAUGGGAACCCCUGGGAGAAGGCCCGUCCUGAGUACAUGCGCCCAGUCCACUUCUACGGCCGGGUGGAGCACACGGCUGACGGAGCGAAGUGGGUUGACACCCAGGUGGUUCUGGCUCUUCCUUAUGACACCCCAGUUCCCGGCUACAGAAACAACAUUGUGAACACCAUGAGACUGUGGUCAGCCAAGGCUCCCUGUGACUUUAACCUCAAAGACUUCAACGUCGGCGGCUACAUCCAAGCUGUGCUGGAUAGAAACCUGGCGGAGAACAUCUCCAGAGUCCUCUACCCCAACGACAACUUCUUUGAAGGCAAGGAGCUGCGACUAAAGCAGGAGUACUUUGUUGUGGCAGCAACUCUUCAAGACAUCAUCCGUCGAUUCAAAGCCUCAAAGUUUGGCUCCACAGAGUUUGUGCGUCUGGACCUCUGCGCACUGCCGGACAAGGUGGCCAUCCAGCUGAAUGACACUCACCCUGCCCUGGCCAUCCCUGAGCUGAUGAGGCUCCUGGUGGACACUGAGAAACUCACCUGGGAGAAGGCCUGGGACAUUGUGGUUCGCACCUGUGCCUACACCAACCACACUGUCCUGCCUGAGGCACUGGAGCGCUGGCCUGUCGACCUCUUCCAAAACCUCCUUCCUCGACACUUAGAGAUCAUCUACGAGAUCAAUAGAAGGCACCUGGAGCGCAUCUCUAAGCUUUACCCUGGAGAUGUUGACCGUCUGCGCAGAAUGUCCCUGAUUGAGGAAGGCAAUGUCAAGAAAAUCAAUAUGGCUCACCUGUGCAUCGUGGGGUCUCAUGCAGUCAACGGAGUGGCCCGCAUCCACUCUGAAAUCAUCAAAAACACUGUGUUCAAGGAUUUCCAUGAGGUUGACCCUCAGAAGUUCCAGAACAAGACCAAUGGUAUCACACCUAGGCGCUGGCUGGUCAUGUGCAACCCUGGCCUCGCUGAGGUCAUCGCUGAGAGGAUUGGAGAGGAUUAUAUCCGCGACCUGGACCAGCUGAAGAAGCUUUUGGACUUUGUGAACGAUGAUGCCUUUAUUAGAGAUGUUGCUAAAAUCAAACAAGAGAACAAAAUGAAGUUUGCCGCCCAUCUGGAAGAACACUACAAGGUGAAGAUCAAUCCCAACUCCAUGUUUGAUGUCCAGGUGAAGAGGAUCCACGAGUACAAGAGGCAGCUGCUCAACUGCCUUCACAUCAUCACUCUAUACAAUCGCAUCAAGCUGGAACCCAACAAGUCAUGGACUCCCAGGACGAUCAUGAUUGGAGGAAAGGCAGCUCCUGGUUACCACACUGCCAAGAUGAUCAUCAAACUGAUCACAUCAAUUGGUGACAUUGUAAAUAAUGACCAUGUGGUGGGAGACCGCCUUAAAGUCAUCUUUCUGGAGAACUACAGAGUCACUCUGGCUGAAAAGGUCAUCCCUGCCUCUGAUCUAUCGGAGCAGAUCUCCACUGCAGGCACUGAGGCCUCUGGCACUGGGAACAUGAAAUUCAUGCUGAACGGCGCCCUCACCAUCGGCACCAUGGACGGAGCCAACGUGGAGAUGGCAGAGGAGGCUGGAGAGGAAAACCUCUUCAUCUUCGGCAUGCGGGUGCAUGAUGUGGAGGCUCUGGACAAGAAGGGCUACGAUGCUGUGUCGUACUACAACCGCAUUCCAGAGCUGAAGCAGGCCAUAGACCAGAUAUCUGAAGGCUUCUUCAGCCCCAGCCAGCCAGGUCUUUUUAAAGACCUUGUCAACAUGCUGAUGCAUCAUGACAGGUUUAAGGUGUUUGCAGACUAUGAAGACUACAUUAUAUGUCAGGAGAAAGUCAGUGCUCUCUACAAGAACCCCAAAGAGUGGACCAAAAAGGUGAUCCACAACAUCGCUGGCUGUGGUAAAUUCUCCAGUGACCGGACCAUUUCCCAAUAUGCCAGGGAGAUCUGGGGAAUGGAGCCCAACUUGGAGAAGAUUGGUGCUCCCGAUGAUCCUCGCUAAGCCUCCUCCUCUUCCUCACUGUGCAGCUCACCCUGUGGUCCAUCCACCAGAAACCAGCCCUGUAGCUUCCUCACUUUGCACUGUGACAUGAUUUCUCCUCGGUACCGAUCUCCGUACGACCUCUGCAGCCUCCACUUUAUCUCACAGCCAUUUGUUGAAUCUUAUGUGGAGUUUUCUCCUCUGCACUGGUGGGGGGGUAACAUGCAGCCUCCAAGCCAGCCGUUCAGGAGUUAGACGUGAUUCAGUAAGAGUUAUAUUAACCUAGAGGUUAAAAAUGUUUCUGAUGUCCAUGUAAAUCAUGGGACUGUCUGAUUACACUGGGAACAUUAACGAUAAACAACUGAUAUUUUAAUUAACUCGCAUUCCCGUUUUAACAGAAAACCAGCACAGAUCAACCUCAGCCUUGCACCCGUCUUCCAUGGCAGAGAUAUUCACAUUAUUUCAUAAUGGAUAAAUAAAUCCUCUUUUCUGGUGUUUUCUGAAUGUAUUCAUGUGUCUGUGUCCCCAUCAUCAGAUAUGAACUGACUUGUUGUCCUCAGCAUGUUUGUCUCCUGCUUGUGUUCUCUGUUGCUAAAAGUGACCUAUGAUAGAAAAUAACAAAGCCUUCUUCUCUGCCAGAAACCUGCCCGAAGUGACUGAACUUAUCUUUGGAACAUGUGUGUAUUAUCUGCUGUGUUUGUGUGUGAAACAUAGAGACCACUCUGUAACAUCAUCCAUGCACUGUAACGUCGUCCUCUUGCGCUUCUGCACAAACAGAACCUAACCCUGUUUCUGUCAGUGCUUUUUAUUUUAGUCAAUAAACAACAAACCUGAAAAA